UUCAGUUCUUCAUCAAACAAAGGCAAAGCAGGAGAGCUGAACAGAAGCAGAGGGAAAACAUGGAGUUCAACCCAACUUGCAAGGACAAGAAGAAAACGAUGAAGCUAUCCAUGCUACUAUGCUGCAAACUCUAUAUCUCUGAAUCACGAAACAAAGAAGCUCUUGAUUCAAUCGAACGUGCAGCUAAGCUUGAUCCAGAAACAGUUACUGUAAACAAGUUUGAGGAUCGUGCCUACAACCGGGUCAGGUACACUCUUGUAUCAUAUGUUGCUCAUGAUGGCACAGGGUGUCCCAUUUAUAGCCCUUUGCAACAAACUGUGCUAGCAAUGGCCGAAGCCGCUUAUGAAGCCAUAAACCUUGAGUUGCACUCGGGGGCACACCCCCGGCUUGGUGUUGUAGAUGACAUUGUUUUCCAUCCCUUGGCACGAGCAUCACUGGAGGAAGCAGCUUGGCUCGCCAAAACUGUGGCAGCAGAUAUUGGCAACCGAUUCCAAGUACCAGUAUUUCUAUAUGCUGCAGCACACCCAACCGGGAAGGCUUUGGAGACCAUCCGACGUGAGCUGGGCUACUACCGGCCAAACUUCAUGGGUAAUCAAUGGGCCGGAUGGGCCCAGCCUGAAGUUCUUGCUGAAAAUCCCGAUGAAGGCCCCAACACGGUGUCUCGUGCCAGAGGUAUUGCGAUGAUUGGUGCACGUCCAUGGGUCGCAACAUACAACGUUCCAAUCAUUUCCAUAGAUGUCUCGGCUGCUCGACGGAUUGCAUUGUUGGUAAGUGCUCGAGGUGGUGGGCUGCCUACUGUGCAAACACUGGGCCUGGUUCAUGGUGAGGACUCGACCGAAAUAGCUUGCAUGCUGUUGGAGCCUAACCAAAUUGGCGCGGACCGGGUCCAGAGCCGGGUUGAAAUGCUGGCUGAGCAAGAAGGCCUGGAUGUGGAGAAGGGUUACUUCACUGAUUUUUCACCAGAGAUGAUAACUGAAAAAUACAUGAAAUUAAUCUCUGCUGAAUCUGACUAAGGCAGGAUUGUACAAAAUAUCUAAUAACAAAUGUUAACCAGCUCAAACCUGUUGAGCUUUCCAAUUCUCUCUCUCUCUCACUCUCUCUCUCUC